UUUUUUGAGCAAUGACAUUAACAAUUGGAUAGAUCUUUUGGAAAUAUGAAAGUCUUGCUAAAUAAGAAGCUAUUCAUUUUUUUAAGUUUAGGCAUUAUCUCCAUUGCCUUUAUUGCGCAUCACCAGUCAUUGAGACAAUUGGGGAAAGAAUCGACUGUCAACGAAAAACAACAAGAUCAGAUUGAAACUAAAGAAACUACAGAAUUAUGGAAACGUGAUAAUAUCCAACAGCAACUCAAUGGAAAUGUCGUUGGAAAAUGUAAACCUGUAAAAAACCUAGUUUUCAUAAAGGUUGAAAAAUGUGGCGGAUCAACAUUGAGUAAUAUAUUUUUACGUUUUGGUGAGCGACAAAACUUAAGCUUUGUAUUGCCAGAACCUGGAAGAUCUAAUAUCACAAAGAAAAUUCUAUACGAGCAUAUUGGAAGAUGUGUGAAUAUGAUUGUGCAUCACUCAACAUACGAUGGAAAACUUAUGCAACGUAUUAUGCCACAAGACACGGUCUAUAUUGGUGUUAUACGCGAGCCACUAAAUCAUCUCAAGUCAUUCUAUAAUUAUCAUAAUUUUGGAAACAAACAAUCAAUGCCAGGUCUGGCCAGGUUUGAGGAAAAUCCAUGGAAGUUUAUGAAUCAAUUAGGGAAUCUUCAAAACAGGCAAAGUGUCCGGUACGGAUGGGCGAAUAAUGGAGCAAUGAGUAACAAAAGCGCAUGGGACUUUGUAAAGAUGAUUGACAGAAAAUUUGAUAUUGUUCUCAUAUCUGAUCAUAUGAAGGAAUCUUUGGUAUUGCUCAAGGAUGUACUUUGCUGGUCAUGGGAAGAUAUGUUAUACGUGUCUCAUAAGGUUGCAAACGAAUCUGCGGCAAUACGAUAUUUGAAGAAAGAAGGGCGUCGAGAAUCAAGCAGUUUAGAUCAUGCCCAAAACAGAAUUCUUGCAAAAGCAAACUUGCGUAGAUUCAGUAUGGUCGAUUACGCAAUGUUCGACUUUUUUAAUCAUUCUCUAUGGCAAAACAUUAAAAUGAAGGGUGGCAAAUUUCAAAAAGACUUGGCACAUUUUGACGAAAAACUUAAAAUCAUCCAAAAAACCUGUAAAUAUACGGAGGAUGAUCUGACACUUACUGAAAAAUAUUUAGACAAAAUAAUUCACCUGAGUCCUUCAUCUCCUGAAUAUAGAUGUCACCGCAUGCUACUGCCACCAAUUUAUUACAGUAAAUACAUACUUCAUCCAAAAAGGGAACAUAACACUUGUAUUAGGAAUUGAUCACAUUAACUACAACCGUUCUAAACACACCUUUUAUAUCAUUCGCUCUGGGAAAACAUUUAAUUAAAGGAUGGCAAAUAUAAAAAUAGUACCGUGGGUACUUGGCUCACAUGGUGUUGCUCAAAAGUGAAUGAUGGCUAAAAUGACAGAAAAUAAAAAACGAUAUAAUCGUUUGCUGAUUUUUGGUAACAAAAUUAUUUCAAGCCACUUGCCACUAUUUGGACUGACUGAGAGACAGAUGGACAAAUCGAUGUUAAGUAAAUGGCUGAAAAAAAACGGAUAUAAUUUUUUGCCAAUUAUUUGUCACAAAAAUAUUUCAUACAACUACUCUUUACAGUGCAAUUACAGUUUACAGUUGCAGUUUCUUUAAUGAUCAUAGAGGUGGCUAUCGUUCACACCAUUUGUGACUCGGACAAUGCUGGAGUCCUUCACGAUGAGGACAAUAUCCAUAAAGGUAUAGUAGGAUCAAAGAGGCUCAAUUGAUGAAUAAAGAUCCCGAUACCAUCAGCUUUAGAGACAAUCCCCAUACUAGGCCGGUCAAUCACGAUGAAGGAUCAAAACGUCCAGCCCCAAUUCAAAUUCCCGCCAUAGUAAAUACUAUCUAAAGGGUUAAAUAUUUUUGAGGCCACAUAUUAAGUAAUUGUAAUUCACUUGAAGUAUGUAUUUUUACUAACACGAUACGGUGACAUGACAC